AUGGAACCUAAAAGUUUAACAAACUCAACUAAAGUAACCACAAAAAAACCUCAACAAAAGAAAUUAAGAGUUGAUAUACCUAAACAUUUAGAUAUUAAUAAUGUAUACAAUCCAAAAUACGAUGUUAUCCAAUUAAUUUCUACUAAAAGUAAAUUACGUGCUUCCAAAAAUCCACCUAGACCACCAAACAGUUAUUUUUUGAUGAAAAAUUGUUACAUGUUAGAAUUAAGAGAAAUUGGUUUAAGGUAUACAAUGCCAGAAUUGUGUAUCCAAUCAAAGCAACUAUGGAAUGAAGCACCAAAAGAAGUGAAAAAACGUUACGACAAAAUACAAUUGAAAGCUCAAAGCAUCCACAAUGAAUUGUAUCCAGGAUAUAAAUUCAGACCAAAAAAAAGACAAACUUUUAAAAUGCACGUUUUCCCUCAAGAAAGUGCUGCCAAUUUUACAACUUUUAGUUCCACAAAUUAUUUGAAAAGGCCUGCAUCUCGAUUGGAUAAUUAUUCAUCAUUGGAAUCUGAAGUUAUAUCUGCAGCAUUUUCUAGUUCUUCGGAUCUUCCCAAAACUAAUUGUACGUCAGAAAUUUCUACUCCGACAUUUUCUGAUCCCCUUAAAUAUCCUCCAUCACUUUCAAAUAAAUUGGAUCAAAAUUAUAUUGAUAAUGAUAUAACAAAUUCUUCAUUUUUAAAUUGGCCAUCUUUAGAUUUUGGUCAAAAUUUUCAACCUUUACAAUAUUCGUACUCUUAUAAUCCAAACGAAAUUUUAAAUGUUACUAUAGGCCCAGAUAAUUUUUUUUUUAAUUCAGAGCAAUAUUUCAAUCUUACAGGAAGCAAUGAACACAAUGUAAACAAUGGAUAUGAAUUUUUUCCAUUUCAUUAG